AUGUGGUGGUUUGUUAUAUUUAGUGCUAUUUACAUUAAAACUUUAGGAGUGUCGGGUUCCAAUAACACUGGAGUUAUUGCAAACAACGUGUGUUCGCUGAAGCAGUUCCAGUGUGCGAAUGGGAAGUGUAUACCAUUAUCUUGGGUGUGUGAAGGGGAGAACGAUUGCGGCGAUAACUCAGAUGAAAAUAUCGAGGAAUGCAAAAAAGGGGUUUUAGAA